UUAAUAAAGAUUAGUAAGUGCUUUUUGCUGCUCCCAAGCUCCUGUAUGUAAUAAAUAGUGUUAAGUAAUUUGUAAAUAAAUAAUAUUAAUAUAACAUUUAAUAAAAAUGGAGCCCGUAUAUUAUAAAUGCCGUGCAAGUGGUGUAGAUUUUAGUAAGGCAUUUUGAGUGUUGUGUCAAAAUAUAUUUAUAAAGUGUUGUAUAUAAAUAACAGUUGGAAAAAUAGCUUCGCAUUCAAGAAACACGGAUUCUAACAUGGUCAAAAGAGACGGGUCAGCUCAGGCGAUACCCGAAGAAAACCCGAGCUUAGCGGGUGAUGACGAACCUAGCAAACCACCUGUGAAAUACGGCGAAGUUGUCAUUCUUGGUUACAACGGUUUUUUACCGCAAGGGGAUCGUGGCAGGCGGCGGAGUAAAUUCGUAUUUCAGCGUCGGCCCACUGCCAAUGGCGUCAGAAGAGCGAAGCAUUAUGAAGUCAGAUCACCCCAAACGUCCAGAGCCAUUAUGGACACUAGGCAACAUUCAAUAUCCUAUACUUUAUCAAGAAAUCACGCUGUAAUUGUCGAAUAUGCGGAGGAUCCAGAUACCGAUAUGUUCCAGAUCGGUCGCUCUUCAGAAGAACCAAUAGACUUUGUGGUUAUGGAUACAGUACCCGGCGACAAAAAAGGCGAACAACGAGCUGAACAAUCUACAAUAUCGCGGUUUUCGUGCCGCGUUAUAGCAGAAAGAGCGAGGCCUGGCAACGCGCGGAUCUACGCUGCCGGAUUUGAUUCUAGCAGGAAUAUAUUUCUGGGGGAAAAAGCGACAAAAUGGCAGGACGCUUGUGAAAUAGAUGGACUAACGACGAAUGGUGUGCUAAUUAUGCAUCCACGUGGCUCAUUUUGUGGAGGAGACGCACAAUCAGGAUGCUGGCGUGAAGCGUCUGUUGGUGGCGGCGUUUUCUCAUUGAGAGAAAGUCGAGCGGCACUUCAGAAGGGCAUACCGGUCGAAAACGAAACAAAUAUUCUGCAGGAUGGAACAUUAAUCGACUUGUGCGGGGCUACGUUGCUUUGGCGAUCUGCCGAGGGCUUAGAAAAAUCACCAACAAAGAAGGAUUUAGAAAAGCAAGUAGAUGAAUUAAAUGCUGGUAGACCACAAUGCCCUGUAGGUUUAAACACCCUUGUAAUUCCUAGAAAAGUAUCCGCAGGCGAUCAUGUAAAUCAACCUUAUGUAUACCUUAACUGUGGACAUGUACAAGGACAACAUAAUUGGGGACAAGAUAAAGAAUCAACGAAGCGCCGGUGUCCAAUGUGUCUGGAAACGGGUCCUGUAGUGACGCUAUGUAUGGGGAUUGAACCAGCAUUUUACGUAGAUUCAGGAUCCCCAACGUUUGCCUUCAAUCCUUGUGGACAUAUGGCCACUGAGAAAACAGUCAAAUAUUGGGCAAGCAUAGAGAUACCGCAUGGAACAAAUGGGUUUCAUGCUAUUUGUCCAUUUUGUGCUGUACCUCUAGACAGCCCUGGUUAUGUAAAACUCAUUUUUCAGGAUUAUUUGGAUUAAAAAUAACUUAAAGUCAUUGAUCUCCCUUCAAUCCAUCUAUUAUUCCUCAAUUUCAAAUAUUCUGAUUAUGGAUAUCGACAUAUAGAGAAAAAUACCUAAGCAAAUCAAUAAGUCAAAGUUAUUUAAUACUAACCUGCGCACAG